AUGACGUCCCCUGCCGUGCAAGAAAGUGUGGAGAACAUUGUAGCUAAUACUAAUGCCUCCCCUAGAUCUGACUCAAACGAUACUAAUCGUGUACCAGAUAGUUCUGGUAGUGCAGACGCUAAUGACACAUAUAGACAGACACAGUCUGAAAUCUAUAAACUCCAGGAGACUAUACUGAAUUCAGCUAAGAAUUCUAAGGCCGGAAUGGAGGAUGAUAAGGAUGAUAAUGGCAAUAAGGAAACUGAACCUCUAGAAGAACUGAACGUUGACUCUACGUCGAUUUUGAAGUAUACCCAUGACAAAUACAAGAGUAAACCAGAAUGUAUAGGAGACAUCGUCUAUGACCCACUAAAACAAGUCCAACUGUGUGGCGAAAGCUCCAACGUUAUCAGCGUACCGUUCCCUUACAGCUACUUCAAUAGCAGAAUAAUAUCACAACCACUCUUGCCUUCAUUUGGAAGGGAUAGGAUAAAUAAGCUACUUACCAUAAGGGUCAAAUAUGUGGAUAUUUUGAAUUUCAUGAGUGGAAACAAUUUAAGGUUGCAAAAUAGUGAAGUAUGGGGAACAGACAUUUAUACGGAUGACUCUGAUGUGCUACUAAUGCUAAAACAUGUGGGAUUUUUUGAUAGUGACACAAGUGAUUCAUUGCAAAGAACACCAGCAAAUCUAGACAAUUUUGAUAAUGUUACGGGGGUCGAUUCAGAUUUAUUCAAACUGAACAAGAAGUUCGAUCUCGAUGUCACUGUGAUUCUUUUGGACUGCCUUCAAACUUACGUAGGGACAACUAGACAUGGUGUAAAAUCAAGGGACUGGAUAGGACCCACUCUUCACGACGGUCUAAGUAUUGGACUGUACAAAAUUGACGCUAAAAAUAUCCAGGAUGCUAACACUACUGAUAAAGAAACUAUCCUGCACCCUGGUCAGACCCAAGACAUGGACAUAAAUCGUUGGCGUUGA